UUUUUAACGAAUUUCUGACAUUUCCACAAAUCAGUUGGUUUCUACUCACUCAAACUGGAACAAUGGUAUCCAUGUCAUCACCUCCGUCGCCGGCGCCGUCUUUGCUCCGCCGCAUCGUCGAUUUUGAUACCGCCAUCUCCCUCCGUCUUUACACUCUAACUCACCCUAUUCUCCCUUACUACUUCCUCAAAACCCUAGAGAUCUCCGGCGACGGUUUCCUCUUCUUCCCUUUAGUCCUCUCACUACUCCUCUACCCUCUCGCUUUCUCCGAUACCAAAAAUUCCAACAUCUUCUUAAUAAAUUUACUACUCGGUGGCAUCCUCGACCUUAUCGUAAUCGGACCCCUAAAACAUCUUAUUCGGAGGCCCCGACCCGUUUACAACAAAAACAUGUUUCUAUCCUUUGCCGUCGACCAUUGGUCAUUUCCCAGUGGACAUUCAUCCAGAGUUUCCAUGAUUGCUACUCUCUUUUAUCUAUCAUCCGAUUUCAUUCGGGAUGUUUUGAUUCAGCUUAAAUAUGAUUUAUUUGUGGAUUAUUUGAUGCUUAUUGUGAUCGGAUGGGCUGCAACCACGUCGUGUUCCAGGGUACUUCUUGGACGGCAUUUCGUAUUCGAUGUUAUUGCUGGUGUACUGUUGGGUAUUCUCGAAGGAUUGUUUGUGUUUCGGAUUUUCAAUUAUGUGACAUUCACCUCAUUCUUCACAUGACGAAGUUGUAAGCUUUAUUCCUUAUCUGUUGUUGAGAUUGUUGAUGCAAAAUUGAUAUGAAUGAAGUUCGUUUCAUUAUCUAUCUCUGUUAAUGCUAUAAAAUGAUACUUUGGAUUCA